GGCGCUCAGCGCCCAGCCUACUCUACUCGGCCUCUCUAAUCUAUCUACGUUCAUGCGACAUGAUCACACCAAAGUCGAAGACCAACGUACGUGACGCCAACACCAAUGCCGACCACCAGCAUACACCAGGUACGUUCUCUCUCCUCUCGCCAUCACCCCUCGUCUGCCGACAUCAUGCGCCUCCUACCCGAAGACCACCCUCGCCAUCGCCUGCCUUGUGCCCCUGCAGCCCGGCUAUGGCUGCUAUGCGUCCGCUGCCUCAGCAGCGCCCCUUACCUCAGCGUCCGUGCGCAAGUCCGGCCAGCAGGCAAAUGCAGACGCUAGCGCAGCAACACAGCAGCGUGUCCGCAUUGCCCGCCAACGCCAGAAUGCCUCUUCCAGGGGCUCACACUUUCCUUUAUGGAAAGUGUGCCGCUACUGGCUGUCCUGGCCAGCAAUGUAGGGGCGCCCAGUAGCUUCAGUUGGGCCCCAGGUGUCUGCGCCCAGGCCCAGUUUCCUGAACUGGACUGGGCCUCGUGCAGUUUGGCACUUCCAGGCAGCCACCCAGCCUCCAAGUGUUUGCAGCAUUCUCAUUGGCUCGCAGCACACGUGUGACAACAAUGCUGCUUCCUCAUUGGCCCGUAACCAGUGUCGGCCUCACACAGCGUGUGCCCAGGGCGCAACCACCUGAGCCGUGGGCUCAACUGUACAGCGCAGCCCUUUGCUUCUGGAUAGAACCUGGAGGCUCGCGUUGCUCGGUAACCAACUGGUGUGCUGCAACUGUCUGAGUACCCACAUAUGGAAAAAUUGUUGAAAACAGGCCUCACGUCGAUAUUCAGGCCCGCCUUCACUUAAGGACGGUCCAAGGCUUGCUGGGCGGCCACGGCUCAGAACACUUGUAUGUAUAAUAAGGGCUCCCCGCGGGGCUCACAUUCCUCGCAGCUGACAAGAACCAGGUCCAACUCAAUCACAUUCCUCCGGAGCGUCUUUCACAUCCGUUCCUCAUGAUUAGAUUCCAGUUUUGGGGGGACAUUCACACAGACGAAAAAAAAGAAAAAAAGAAGAGAAUGAAAGAGAGACAAGGAUCAAGGGAAGAACAGGGAAUGACCUCAUGCUUUUCGUCUCAAACAUUCCACAAUAAACCCAAUCAAAAAAUAUUUAGAAGAAAGAAAGCAGUCCACCCUUGCCCGAAGAGGUGGUCACGGUGAAAACAGUCUCACAUGGUGACGCUCCGUCAAUGGUAAUCCAUUCGAAUCCUUCCGCAGUGUCCCGAGACAUGACAGCUCCAAGCUAACAUCAUAUAUCUAGGUCACUAAUUAAACAAGACACAUGUUGAGGGUCCCUCCAGUAUGCGAUUCAAUCAACAUAAUCAUCACACAGACCGCCGUGCCGAUUCCAAAACGCUAGCAGGAAAAGAUCAGAAGGAAGCCGACCCCGCUCAGAAAGAUAUCCUCAAAGCACCUUUCCCAGAUUACCCACUAUAUUCAUGCAAAACGCUCGUUGUGAACCUAUCCAACAGAUACCUGCAAAAAGAGCUCAAAACCAUACGAGGAGAGGAAUGCAAUCUACCAACCAUUCUACUGUUCAUCCGCUCAUCAGGUCAGACCGCCAGAGUAAGUACAUCGUCGCUCCGACUCCAGAAUCUUGGCCGAUGCGAGAUCAGUUGGUACAACCACAAACUGUGGGAACACAGACCCAAGUUUGAAUCCAGAAAAGAAGAUCAAGGAAAACCGACUCCUUGCAACGAGGAUUCUCGAAGUAUUCGCCCCUACUCGAUGAGAUAGCCGCACAGGUCAUACCCCCAAAAUAUGCAACAAGAUCCCUGUUGACGGAUUAUGCCCAUUAGAUAUCUGCUAGAAAAAGAGACGGCGAAGAAGUCCGAUACUAUACCACCCACGCAAUCAACCAGUUCACCCAAUCAUCAAGUCAGAGUAAGAAUGUCAGCAUUCUAAAUCCCGAUCAAAGGCAGCCGAUUCUGUACAAACAGAUGCUUGAAGCACAGUUCCAAGACAAGACUGCCUACCAUACUCGUUCGAGAUAUAGCUCAAGUAUCAAGGCAAGAGUCAGUUCCCCUGACAAGGAGAUUCAUGAGAUCUCCUUGUGAUCCGCAGCUGAGCAAAGUCCGAAGAGGUAAAAACUGCAAAGAGCCAGGAAACGGAUCUUCAUAUGUAGAUAAGAAAAAUUGCAGCGAUCACUACGGAACCAAGGAAAUCUCCGGAUGCAGCGAUUAAUACCGAAGUAAAGGAAUCCAAAUAGC